AUGUCGAUUCCCGAGAAGUUCACCGGCUUCCAGGUCAACAGUGCCGAGACCUGGCAAGACUUCAAGAAGCAGGAGUUUGACCCCAAGCCGUUUGGUGACUACGACGUCGAUAUUAAGAUUGAGUGCUGCGGUGUUUGUGCCAGUGAUGUUCACACCAUCAAGGGUGACUGGGGUGCUCAGCCCUAUCCUCUGGCGGUUGGUCACGAAAUCGUCGGAAAGGCUUUGAGAGUCGGCUCCAAGGUCACCAAGAUCAAGGAGGGCUCGCGCGUUGGUGUUGGAGCUCAAUCCUACGCCUGCCUCGAGUGCCGUCAGUGCAAGAACGACAACGAGACAUACUGCAAGCACCAGCUCGACACCUACGGCUCUACAUUCCCCGACUCCGGCGCCAUCUCCCAGGGCGGAUACUCCUCCCACGUCCGCACACACGAGCACUGGGUUUUCCCCAUCCCCGAAGCCCUCCCCAGCACCAUCGCUGCUCCUAUGCUCUGCGCUGGCCUGACAGCUUACAGCCCUCUGAUCAGAAACGGAUGUGGCCCUGGCAAGAAGGUCGGCAUUGUCGGCAUUGGCGGCAUCGGUCACUUUGGUGUCAUGUUCGCCAAGGCUCUGGGUGCUGAGGUCUGGGCCAUUUCCCGUUCGCGAUCCAAGGAGGCGGACUCUUUGAAGAUGGGUGCCGAUGGCUACCUGGCGAGCGGCGAGAAGGGUUGGAACGAGCCCCACAAGAUGACUUUCGACCUCAUUCUUAACACGGCCAACUCAUUCGAGGGCUUCGACCUCUCUGCCUACCUUAGCCUUCUCGACGUCCACGGCAAGUGGGUGUCUGUCGGUCUCCCCGGUGGUGGUGGCAUCACUGUUCGCAACCAGGACUUCCUCCCCAACGGCUGCUUCAUUGGCAGCUCCCACUUGGGUAGCAGACGCGAGACGCUGGAGAUGUUGCAGCUUGCUGCCGACAAGGGCAUCAAGACAUGGGUGCAGGAGGUUCCCAUCAGCGCCGAUGGUUUAAGGUCGGCGAUGAACGGCAUUGAGGAUUCCAGUGUCCGCUACAGAUACUGCCUGACCAACUAUGAGGAGGCAUUUGGCCAGUAG